GUUUUAUCGAGCACAUCGUAAUGUAAUUCUGCAAUUUGUGCGUAUUCCUGUUAAUCACCCUAAACAAUAUUUUUUGUUACGCCUAUGGCAGCGCAAAUGACCUACCAGCUAUCACGGGACCGUAAAUUAAGAAGUGUGUAUUUCUGGUGUAUUUGACCUACCCCGCAGCGUUGCGAACACUUAGACCGAAAAAAACACUAGAUUUCUCCUCAUUUCUUGAAUUUGUCUCCAGUAACGGAAAAUCGUAGACGGUAUGCGUCAAACUUGAGCAGAUAUUUUAUAAAAUUACGAUUGUCGAUGAAGCCCAGCGGUAUUACUAUCAGAAAGAGUAUGCAAACUUCAAUGAUGCCGCGAAAAUCGUUGUUGAAGACUCCGCCGAAAAAGCAUCAUUGUAGGGAAAAAUGCCCAGGCUGUGUCAGCAAAAGGUACAAAGAGAUGCGAAAGCCUAAAGCGAGACUGACAAAAGCCUUGAAAAGCGAUACAGAAUGGACUGAAAACGAGAGUAGUAAACAAGAAAUUCAACGUGCCCCUUCAACAGAUUCUAUCAUAUACAUUGGUAGCUAUACAGUACCGGAACAGUACCAAAAUUUACCAGUCGUAGACUUGACUAGCAGUCAAGAUGAUUUAGGAUCACAGUCAAAAUCCCUCAGAACUAUAUACUUCCCUUCGAGGAACUUUAAUCGAAGAUAUUCUUUGAGGAAAAACCUAACUACUUCCUCUCUGGUUACUUUGCCUAUCAGAAAAAAACGACGCGAUCUGAAGAGAUCGCACAGCUCCUCAACUUUGUAUAAGAGACAGAUCGAUAAUAGCAAGCUACAUAUUUUGGACAUUCCAGAGCAGUACAUCGAUGGCACUGAACUAGAUGAUCAGGUAGAUUUGAGCAUAGCUGAUCUGAACGAAGUUGAUCACAAUAUGAUUGAGUGGAUGAUGCAGCAUGAAAACGAUUCCACAUCUGGAUAUGAUUCCGAUAUAUUUGACCCGAACAUGUCAAUUGAGGAUAUGAUUAAAAUGUAUGAGAUGUCUUCGAGAGAUUCCUUUGAUUAAGUUUGGUUUUGAAUACUGCCAUUUAAUGGGUUUAAAAAAAUCUUUGAUGUGUGCCUUAGGCAAUAAAUUCUGCAUUUUACGUUUUGUUUUAUUAAAGGUGUGUUUUAUGUUUCAUUUUUUUAAAAUCGUUUUUUUGUGCUUGAUGCAGUUACCUUUUAGACUCGACAGUUUUGUUUUCUUUUGUUUAAUCACUGUCAUUCAAUAACUUUUGAAAAUUCUUUGAAGUGGGUGCCCUAGGCAACAAAUUUUAAAUUGUACAUUUU